AAAUUUGCAACAAUUUUGGAGAUUUGUUGCAAUUUACUAACUUCUCUUGCAGCACUGGUGUGUCGUGCGUCGGUUUAGUGAAUCAAAAUUACAGAAAGUAGACAGCACCAAAGGAAUCUUAUUCUGCGCGAGAGCAAACUCACCGUCACAACAGCCACACUGUUGUUGCAAAAUAAGACUCCGAAAAAAAAAUCACAAAUGGAGUAGAAAAAAUACGGACAAAACAAGGCUCGUACUAUUGCUACCACUGCCCAGCCAAAAUCAUACCGUGGUGCAACUGCAAAUCAUUCCUUGGAUAAGCGGACCGUAAUAUUUACGGCAGUGCGUGUCAUACGGUAUCCCCGACCAGCAGGAGCCAAUCGCGCUUACAUUUCGAAUGUGGUCCUUCAAGGCUCCAAGCGCUGAGAUGCUGCUUGAAUUAAUAACGAGCAGAUAGAAGCUUUCUUGCAUUAGACACAAACUCAUCGAUCUCACUCAUUCCAACUCAUCUACGCCUAGGAUCCUUGGUGCACUGGACGUUUCCCUUCAUCCAGAAGCAGCAGUCAAGCAUCCAGAUUCACGAUAGCUUUGUGCUGAUUAUUCCCUACGCUAAUCGGGAGCACUGAACGGGAGAUAUACACAUCUCAGAAUGAUAGAUGAAAUCGUAGAUCGUAUUGUUCAGUUCUUUUCCACUGGCUUGGUGGAGAAAAUCAUUAAAGCUUUCCUAGUCUUAUGCGAUCGGUUCGUAAACUUUAUUCUGUCCCUGUGUGAGGGUAACAAUUACAAGAAGAAGGACGAAACGGUUGACGUGCUGUACACUAGCGGCAACUUUUUGGUGAUUAACAAAAAGCAUGAUCUACUGAUCAAUUCAAAUGACACUAAAAAGAAAACUGUCCAAACGAUCAUGCGGAAACAGUUUCCCGAGUACGUACAGGAUAACUUAACACACGAUUUCUACUUCGCCCAUCGGUUGGACUUUGCCACCAGUGGAAUACUGUGCAUUCCGCUGAACAAAAACGCGUGCAAAGAGGUUUGCCAGGUAUUCGAGGAGCAGCGGGCCAGAAAGUACUAUUUAGCUUUACUCCGCGGGCAUACUGAUUUUGACGAAGAAGUGAUUGAUAUAGCGAUAGGCGAGGAUGUGCGGUUCAAGGAUACAAGCAAAAAAAUGUGCACCAUCCUCGAGGAUGAACUAUGCCAAAAUCCGCGUCGCAGUAUAACGAAGGUGCUGGUGCUAGAUAGAGGCUACUACAAUGGAAAGCCCGUUACCAAAGUGCUUUUACGGCCAAUCACUGGUCGACGGCAUCAAUUGCGACUGCACUGCUCGCAGAUCGGUCACGUGAUCGUGGGGGAUUACACGUACAGUCUGAAAAUCGACACAUCACCGCCGCGAAUGUUUCUGCAUGCGUUCCGGCUUGUGCUGCCGAACACGAUCGAAAACCUUGACAUCCAGACGGACGAUCCGUUCACGGAGAAGGCGCUCAAGUACAAGUGGAAGGUGGUUGAGCAGGUGAAUAGCAUUGCGAACGCGUUCGACAUCAUUGACUCAUUUUAACAUUUGUGGGAACCAUGUAGAAUAUACUUUUGUAGGUCACGUUCGUUCACGUUUAGGUUGGACCAUUUCCGGCGCCGGUUGAAUGUAAAUAUUCGUUCCUUUUCUCGAAUUUAUUCGCUCUAGACCAAAUGUUGCACCAGGUUUCCAUUUUCUGUCGAGCGAUAAAAUACUCAGUUUGGAUUAGCACUUGUGUCAUACACCGGAAGGCAAACGGCAGCUUUCCGGAACCGUUUACGUUUACGGUGCAAUCGUUAAUCUAGAAGCAACGUUAAUUUUUCUUUCAUACCCGUUUAACGACUCGAUUCAACGUAGUACGUUCAUUUUCAUGUUACACUUCACGGAACUGUAGUGUGAUGAUGUAUUAUUACUAUUAGUAAGAUACGAUUGAAUUUGGAUUGCAACCUAGAAAGCCUAAACGUACAUACACCGUUACGGUGGUCCGUAAUGUAAUGUGGUAGGGAAGGCGUCCGGUAAAUUGUAGCUGAAUGCAUUGAACACACACACACACACUAUAUCUACUAUGGGAUAGGAACAGAUUUAUGCUAGUCAACACAACCAAACACACGCUAGUCUAGAACAAAUAAUUGAUAAAUAAGAGAUCAUAACUCAUAGAUAUAUAAAGUUUCUUUAGCUUCCCUCUCAGGUAAACUGAGUGGAUCGCAACCGAAAGAAGACUGUAGUCUAGGAAACACAACAAAAAGCACAUCCACUUUCUGUUACCUUGACUGGCAUGAAGGAGCAUCCAAUCAAUCGCUCCUGUAUGAAGAAAUUGCGAAAGAGACGAAGAUCCCUGAAUUUCUUCCUGGCCGUUUGAUAAGAUCUAAAAGCUGCCGGAAUUCUAAUCACACAAUUGUGUUUGUUUAAAUUUAUUUAACAAACCCAUUAAGUGCAUGUUGAAAUAGGAUGCGAAAUUCUCUCUAGUAGAAAAUAUGUGAAUUAUUUGUUCAAGAUCACGAAUCUAUAAUACUGUUUAUGCAAUAGAAGCAGAAGGUAGAUAGCGAUUUACUAUUGAAAUGAUGUCGUAUAUUCUGGCCAGUACACGGAGUUACGUACUUUACAAUACAUAAUAGGCAAGUAAUUAAAACAAAUCCAGCAGAUAGAAGCGAUUAAACCGAUGAUCACGCAAAUACAUACAUUAAACAGCCAAACGAAAGCAGAGGGUCAAAAUCUUGUAUCUUACGAUGCGAUUUAGUAAGGUACAAAAUGUGCUUCUAGAGAGGGCAUAACGGGACGAGGCAAUCUGCUUAGGGCUACUAUAAGCACGGUUGACGAAUAUUACGCACUCUGUACGCUACAGGUUAGGUGUAAUUAUGUUUUCUUCAGUGAUCUCUAGUUAUUUAGCUUUGCCAAGACGUAGUUUAAUUCAGUCCGAUAGAACAUUUGAUCUCAAUAGUUAUUAUUGGUAAUUGAAACACGAAGCUUUACAUUGCUCGUUCCUUUCAUUGUAAUUAGGCAGAAGGAGGUAGCCUAAAUGCUAAAUAGAAAAUGCACAAUUUAACUGCGAUCUUUGCUACGUUGCGCACAUUAUGCAGUGUGUUUUCUUCUGUUAGGUAAUUUUGCUAAUGCACCUGUUAAUGCGAUUGUGAGAGAAACGGAGACACUGUACAGAGUUAGUGAGAUGCAAAUGAUGUUGAAAAGCUUACCGAAAGACAAAAAAAAAAACAAAUCAAUUUUUCAUCCUUAAUAGUAUAGUUACAAACGGUCCCGCAAGAAAAAGGAAUAGUCUAUCGA